AUGGAGAACGGCAGCAGCAGCAACGGUUCCACCGCCGCCGGCUGCUGCAACGGCAACGGCAGCAACGCCGCCUGCGCCGUCCGGGGGCCGCAUGUCGCGAUGCUAGCGACGCCCGGGAUGGGCCACCUGAUCCCGCUGGCGGAGCUAGCGAAGCGGCUGGCGUCGCGACACGGGGCCACGGCGACGCUCAUCACGUUCGCGUCCACGGCGUCGGCCACGCAGCGCGCGUUCCUGGACUCGCUCCCGCCCGCGGUGACCUCGCUCUCGCUCCCGCCCGUCGACCUCUCCGACCUGCCCCGCGGCGCCGCCAUCGAGACGCUCAUGUCCGAGGAGUGCGCGCGCUCCGUGCCGGCGCUGACGAGCAUCCUCCUCGACCUCAAGCGGAGCACGGGCGGACGCCUGGCGGCGUUCGUGGCGGACCUGUUCGGCGCCGACUCCCUGGACGCGGCGCGCGCGGCCGGGGUGCGGCGGCGGUGCAUCUUCUUCCCCUCCAACCUCCACGCGCUCACGCUCAUCCUCCACCUCCCGGAGCUCGACGCCUCGGUGCGGUGCGAGUUCCGCGACCUCCCCGAGCCGCUGCGCCUGCCCGGGUGCGUGCCCAUCCCGGGGCCCGACAUCCUGAUGCCGCUACAGGACAAGUCCGACCCCUGCUACCGCUGGAUGGUGCACCACGGCGAAAAGUACCGGGACGCGGACGCCAUCCUCGUCAACUCCUUCGACGCCGUCGAGCCGGGUCCCGCCAAGAUCCUGCGCCAGCCGGCGGACCACCGCCCCGCGGUGUACCCGAUCGGCCCGCUCAUCCACGCCGUCGGACGCAGGGACGAUAAGGACGCGCUAUGCCUGGAGUGGCUUGACCGGCAGCCGGCGAGGUCGGUGAUCUUCGUGUCGUUCGGGUCCGGCGGCGCGCUGCCGACGGAGCAGAUGCGGGAGCUGGCGCUGGGGCUGGAGCUCAGCGGGCAGCGGUUCCUGUGGGUGGUGCGGAGCCCCAGCUACGAGGGCGCCGUCAACGACAACUACUACGACGCCGAGAGCAAGAAGGACCCCUUCGCCUACCUCCCGGAGGGCUUCGUGGAUCGAAUCACCGCCAGCGGCGUGGGGCUGGUGGUCCCGUCCUGGGCGCCGCAGACCAAGGUGCUGGCUCACGCGGCCACCGGCGGGUUCCUCACCCACUGCGGCUGGAACUCCGUGCUGGAGAGCCUCGUCUACGGCGUGCCCAUGGUGGCGUGGCCGCUCUACGCGGAACAGAAGCAGAACGCCGUGAUGCUCUCCGACGGCGUCGGCGCCGCGCUCCGGGUGCCCGAGUCAAAGGGCAGGAGAAGAUCGCGGCCACGGUGCGGGGGAGGUGAUGCAGGGCGAAGGGAAGGGCGCCGCGGUCAGGGGCCAAGGUGGCCGAGCUGCAAAAGGCCGCCGCCGAGGGCCUCCGCGACGGGGGCGCCGCCGCCGCCGCGCUGGCCGAGGUGGUGGAGGGGUGGACGACGACAGGUGGACAAGAGGAGGACUAGGGUGAUGUUGAUGCUGACGCGAUUGACGCCUAGCGAUCCACCUCAUCCACCAGCUAGGGCCGGGCCCGCCAUUUAUUUUGGCCCUUGUGCAUGUCGUGUCCUUGGUCUUGUUGUCUUGUAA